AACUCUUGGACUUUUUAAAAUUGGACUUAAGUGGAUGUAUCAGGUGUAUUCAUGAACUGUGACUGCUGAUGCCAGCUCAUUGGGACUUGAGUGAGUGGUAUCAGCUUUAUUCAUGAACCCUGUCUCUGAGUGUGGCUACAGCCUGGAUGUUGGAUGCCCUGAGUGUGUUAAAUCAGCUGUUGCGGUGAUGAGGCAGGGCUGGUGGUGGCCUGUGUGGCUGGCUGGGCAGUGGCCCAAGGUGAUGUGAUGGGGUGCAGGAACAGUAAGGUCCUCCCUGAGCCUCCAGGGGAUGUUCAGCUGGACCUGGUCAAAAAGGUUGAGCCUCCUCAUACAGAUAUCUAUAAGCACUUCAUACGAGGGAAUGGCACUCGGAGCAAGACGGACGGGGCCGUUGGAGGGGGAGGUGACAAGGCUUACUCCACCUCCCCGUGUCAGGCCCAGGCUCACGCGGCCACUCCCACCGCCUCGGCCCAGCCCUCUAAGGACCCGUCCGGGCUGUCGGACCCUCAGCGGAAAAAGGUGGCAAAAUAUCGGGCCAAGUUUGACCCCCGGGUCACGGCCAAGUACGACAUCAAAGCGCUGAUAGGCCGCGGGAGUUUUAGUCGGGUUGUUCGCGUGGAGCACAAGAGCACCCGGCAGCCUUACGCCAUCAAGAUGAUCGAGACCCGUUACCGGGAGGGGCGAGAGGUGUGUGAGUCUGAGCUGUGUGUCCUGCGACGUGUCCGUCAUACCAAUAUAAUCCAGCUGAUGGAGGUCUUUGAGACGGCAGAGCGCGUCUACAUGGUGAUGGAGCUGGCCACCGGAGGGGAGCUCUUUGACCGGAUCAUUGCUCGCGGCUCCUUCACGGAGCGUGACGCCACGCGGGUGCUGCAGAUGGUGCUGGACGGCGUCAAGUACCUCCACACUUUGGGGAUCACUCACCGAGACCUGAAGCCGGAAAACCUGCUCUACUACCACCCGGGGGCCGACUCCAAGAUCAUCAUCACCGACUUUGGUUUGGCCAGUAGCCGGAAGAAAGGAGAUGAAUGUCUGAUGAAGACCACCUGCGGCACGCCAGAGUACAUCGCCCCGGAGAUCCUGGUCAGGAAGCCCUACACAAACGCUGUAGACAUGUGGGCACUGGGGGUGAUAUCGUACAUCCUGCUGAGUGGAACCAUGCCCUUCGAGGACGACAACCGCAUGAGGCUCUACCGACAGAUCCUCAAGGGGAAGUACAGCUUCUCUGGAGAGCCGUGGCCCAAUGUGUCAAACCUGGCCAAAGACUUUGUGGAGCGGAUCCUGACCGUGGACCCCAGCGAGCGGCUCACAUCUGGCCAGGCCCUGAAGCACCCCUGGAUCGUCAGCAUGGCCGCCGCCUCCUCCAUGAAGAACCUACAGCGCUGUAUAUCUCAGAACCUCCUGAAGCGGGCGUCCUCGCGCUGCCACAGCACCAAGUCGGCCCAGUCCACUCGCUCCAGCCGCUCCACCAAAUCCAACAAAGCCCGACGGGUGCGAGAGAAGGAGCUGCGUGAGCUGAACCGUCGCUAUCAGCAGCAGUACAACGGCUGAACCGGCCUGGACCUUGACAGCCAGCGACUGUAGCCAAACUAAUACUUUUAAAGAACACAGCACUACAAUGACUGAUUUUUUUACAGUGACUACCACCAUUCGAAGUUGCUGCAAAUGCUUCAAGUCCCAAAUCAUUGCCUUAAAUAAAUAGGACAAUGGCCUGGUUAAUUCCAUGGCUACCA